AUGAAGGCCGCUAGCUCCAAAGUUGUUCGCAAGAGGAAGAAAGUAGUCGCUCCUGGAAAGCGAAGGAGGAACAAAGCUCCGCUUGCCAAGGCGACAGAGUUAGAUGAAGCUGGUAAUGCCAUCAGUCAGGUGACGGUCUCGGACCCGAAUCAGAAAUGGAAUUCCAGCUUGGCUGUGAGGCUUCCUGCGAGAAAGCGCGCCAGAAAUACCCUCCGUACUGGGUCCAAAAGUGCUGUUUGCAAGAGGAAGCAGACACUAACAGCAAGCAGUUUGAGGAAAAGCGUGCGAAAAGUCAAAGGCCGCUCGCAAGGCAAGCAAAGGGCAAAGCGAAGAGCGCAUCCUGAAAAGCCUGCAACGGUAGCUGUGUCUGUGGAUUGCCUCGAGGACUCCUCUCCUCCUCCGAGCAGAGAGGUGCAACCAAGCUUGGAUCCUGCACAGGCAACAGCUGCCACAGCCGGCGACGCCCCAAGUCAGACACAAGGUGAAGAGCCUGAUGCUCACGGUGCCUCGCAUGCCAGCGCCAACAAGCCCAAGAAGAAAAAGCAGAAGGACCUGUCUGCGAAACCUGCCUGCGAGGAUGGUGAGACCGCGAAGACCGCGAAGACAGCGGACCUGAAAACGCAAGACGCGGAGAGUCACGCAGAUGAUGCUGCGCAAUGUCUCAAAAUCUGCGCAGCCAACCUUCCAUGGUGGUUUGACAAAGCCAAAAUCGAGCGACAUUUCCGCAGGAAAGGUGGCGUGGCGCACGUUUGGUUGUUGUAUGACAAGUGGGGCGAGUCACGUGGAGUUGCCUUCAUCACAUUCUCUGACAAGAAAUCAGUUAAAGCAGCUCUGGAGUGCGAUGGGACCAAUGUAGGUGGGAAUGUCAUCAGGGUCAACUUGGCAGUGGACAAAAACAAAGAGGCCGAGGAUGGCAAGCCUAAGCCUAAGGGCCUCAGCAAAGGCUGGGCUGGCGGUGGAGCUUGGGCAGACGCGCCUGCUGCACAAGCACCGGGCCACUUGCAAGGCAAGUCUGAGAGUGUGAAGGGAAGGGGCAGGGGCAAAAGCGGCAAAGGACCUAAGCAACCUGCCAGUGUUCUUGCGCUCCCCAGCAGGCCAGAGGGAUCCCUUGGACUAGUGGCACGCGGCAUCUCUUACGAAGUCACCGAGGAGGAUUUGAAGCAACUCUUCUCUGAGUGUGGCUCAGGCCCGACGCGUGUCAGAGUGCUCACAGACAAGAGCGGAUACUCCAAGGGCAAGGCUUUCAUUGAUUUUGCUGAUGAAGCAGCAGUUGAGAAGGCGAUGAAGUUCAGCGAAACGAUGCUGAAGGGCAGAAAGCUUCGACUUGAAUAUUCCCAUGCAGCCUCUUAG